CCCAUCCAGAAGAAUGCCAUCAGCUUUGUAGUAGAGACUACCUACCUAGACGUGGAGACCAGCUUCCCAUCCAUCUCCGUCUGCGAGGACGACAACAUGCCUCGCAUCUACGAGAUGGCCAACCAAUUCUUUGGGGCUAAACACGAUUAUAAUCUGGAUGAAAUGUUACGAGAAAUUGCCUACUUCAAGGGUUCUGUUUACUACAUCAAAAACUUUUGUUUAUCGGAUGACAUUUCUUGUCCGAAGGAUGGUUACAAGAAGAUGGCAUAUAUGGUGAGGAGUAAAUGUAAAGAAAUGUUCAAAUCUUGUAGAUGGAAAAAUCAGACUUUUGAUUGUUGCAGUCAUUUUAUACCAUUACAGACAGAAUGGGGAGUUUGUUUCACUUUGAACUCCAAGAAUGAACCUCCAGGAAAAUUUGGAUCUCUGAAGCUGAAGUCUAGCACUCGCCUGGGAUUGGGUUCUCUCUACUUGGAACUACUUGUACCAACCAAGGUCUACAUGCACUCUGAAUCUGACAUUCCAUACUACAACACCAUGACUACAGAGGUGAUAACUGCCAAGGCUGGUGCCAUCAAGCGUCUGGGCAUCUCCGUCACUGACAUUGAAAAUGAACCAGAGGUGCGACAACUAACAAUAUCCCAGCGAGGUUGUCGGUUCCCUGACGAGAACGACCUGACUGUGAGCACAAUGUACAGCUACAGUGCAUGUGUUACUCAGUGUCGGCUAGUGGAGCAGCUCAAAAACUGCAACUGCUCCUCCCAUCUCAUGCCCUAUACAGAAGACGCCCUGGGGCUCCAAGGAGGGUUUAGACUGCUCGUGUCUUCCCGGCUGCCAGGAACCAGAGAGUUUAACAUAAUUGAAACCAUCAUGCUGCCGAUGAGUGAUGAAGACAAGGAUAUUGCUGCCAUCGAAAUUUACAUGUACCGCCAUCCGAGUGAGCGGUACAAAAGAAAUGUGGUACGAGGACGUUUAGAUUUAGUUGUAUCUAUGGGAGGUUCGGCUGGACUUUUCGUUGGUGCCAGUCUCCUAAGUUUUGCAGAGUUUGUCUACUACUUCACGAUGCGUGCGUACAAUAACCACAUGUUGCGCAAUGACCAGGGUACUGUCAAUCGUACCACAACACCAAUCACAAAUGUUGCUCCAUACGCCCAGCCCUCUCCUAUCGCUGUGACUCGCCCAGUCCUCCCCCCUCCCAAGGACUUCCGGUACGACUGGAAGAGGAUGUAGUGGUGCAUGAUAUAAAUAUAGUGGUGCAGCUAUUUCUACUGAACUGCAUUAAUGAUUGUAUGCAAUGUUCUUUGAGUGUGUUAGUCAUACAGUUUUAAAAGUAAUUUUAAUAAUUUGUUUUUUUCAUAUUGGCCAAUCUGUAAUUUACAUUCAAGAUAUCCGCAUGAAUCACAAAAUAAAUAUUGUAUCAACCACAUGGAA